AUGGAGCACCGCAGGAACGCAGCGCAGUAUGAGCUGGAGAAGCGGCCGCAGCCGCAGCCGCCUCGGAGCUCUGAGGAGCUGGAGGAUCUGCACAAGCUGCUGCACUUCCCCGAGGAGGUGGCGCUCAGGUUGACGGAGACCGAGUACCAGCUGUUCUACCAGGUACCACCGCAAGAGUACCUAAGGCACGUGGCGCAAGAUCUGAACACGCAGAAACCACCUGCCAGGCCACCCCCGUCGCCGAGUCGCAGCUACAGCAAUCCCAGCACCGCCAACAGCUCGACCCAGACCGAGGAAGAGUCUAAUUGGCCUGCUCCCAACCUUUCCUCAUCCGUUCAAACACUCAUCAAUCGUUUUAACGAGGUAAGCUCAUGGGCCACACACAUCAUAGUAAGCGGCGCGACGAUAGAAGAAAGACAGGCAGCUCUGUCUUGUCUGCUUCGAGUGGCUCAAACCUGCUGGAACACCGGAAAUUUUAAUUCAGCCAUGGAAAUUGUUGCCGGUCUCAAAUCCAGCAAGCUGAAGCCGUUCUGGCAUACCGUAAGCGAGCCAAUACCAGUUUUGGAGAGUCUGUCCUCCGCCCUUUUAUCCGCCGAAUAUGAGUUCGCGCUCGCCCGCGCUCUGGCAAUGCCAGAAUGUCCUGUGGUGCCGUUCUUCGGGGCCUUCCUGCGGGAAUUGCGGGAAGUCAUCGCUACCGAGUCCAAGCCUCAGCAUGAACGCAAAGGCAGCCUCGAACCGCCACGUAACAGGAAUCCCGUUCCCGAAAACUUGUCGUUCCCGCGGCAAAUCGCGAAGAUCUCAAUCGACACUAUUGUAGAGUCGCCAUCGGAGUGCAACUCAAGAAAUAGUUCCUUGAAGAAACAGGAGAAGACUGCUCCCGUUCGUGAUACAAACUCUGUCCUCGAGAAAGUUGCCGAAUUCCAUAAG